AUGGCGGAGGAGGAGGAGGAGGAGGAGGGAAGGAGAUAAACUUUAUCCCAGAGAAAACAACCGAAACUAGGAUAGUAAGCCGUGCGGGUGCUUUCGACAGUUAGAGGAGGUGGCCGUCUGGUCGGGUAGCAUUAGUAACUAUCUUCGCGAUAGCUGGGGACAGGCAGAGAGAGAGGACUGUCAGACCAGCGGAGGAGGAGGAGGAGGCAACAGUGUCUGGGGAGAGAAAGAAAUUAGAGUAUUGGAUAAACUUUAUUAUCCCAGACAGAGUUAAUAUAUACUGGAAUAUUAUUACUAAGCAGGCACCUUGUGGAAACGAGAAGGUAAGCGUUAUCAAUAGCCUUGAAGUCAUUUGCCAGGAGCUGCAGAAUGUAGAGCUUAUAGGAUUGAGUUUCAUACCAGCUACUGACAGAGAGGGAUGCUUGAGCUCUCAGCAAUAAGCAGAAUUCCUUUGUGGAAAACCAGAAACAAGUGAAUGAAGACAUAGCUGUGUGAUCAUCAGUUUCAGGUUGUAGCGUGGGACUAAAGGACAGCGCCCGAGGAUGACCAGCGCAGCUCCUGUGAGGAAGCCCUACCGCAAGGCACCGCCUCAGCACCGAGAGAUCCGGCACGACCUACCAGUGUUCAGAGACGAGCUGGACGGGGUGAUAGCCUUGUCGCCAGCAGAGCAGUGCCAGGAAUCCCUUUCAGAUAUGGACAGGAUCAAAGUCCUGCAGCAGCAGAAUGAGGACCUGCGACGAAGGCUCGCCUACACCACCCGCAAGAUGGAGACGGAGUUCGAGUCCAGCCGGCACUACAUGGAGGCAGAGAUGGGAAGGACCAAGGACGAGCUGGAAAAGAUGAAGGAUAAGUUCCGCAGAUUGCAGAACAGUUACACAGCAUCCCAGAGAACCAACCAGGACUUGGAGGACAAACUUCAUGCACUGCUCAGAAAGGUGGAAAACGAUAAGAAAACCAUGGACCAGGAGACUGUGGAGCUCACAAAUAAGUUGAUGGAUGCUAAGAAUACCAUCGAUAAACUGGAAGAACUGAAUGAGCGCUAUCGGCAGGACUGUAACUUGGCUGUGCAGCUGUUGAAGUGCAAUAAAUCUCAUUUUAGGAACCACAAGUUUGCUGAUCUUCCUUAUGAAUUACAAGACAUGGUUAACAAGCACAUGAAGACCAGUCCCCCUGAUUCAGGGCAAAUCCAGCAAGAUUUGUCCCCAAGCCUGGCUCCUACUGACGUGGUACCGACAGCAGUGAUUGCCCGGGUGCUGGAGAAGCCAGAGCCUUUGGUGCUGAACUCUGCCCAGUCGAGCAGCAGCGCAGGGCGCCCUAUGGCGGAGGACGUUUUUGUGCACGUGGACAUGACCGGACAGCAGGCCGACAGGAACAGGCAGAGUCGGGACAACACUGGGCAGGGUUUGGUGAGAGGAACCCACCAGCAGCAACAGAAUGGGACCUGCAGCCGGCAGGGCAGCGUAGAGAGUCUGGCAGGAGAGGAAGGAGGGAACGAAGCAAUGGCGCCCUCCUUUGAGAAGCUGAACCCGUACCCCACCCCCUCACCCCCCCACCCUCUCUACCCAGGUCGCAAGGUCAUUGAGUUCUCCACCGACGACAAGGUGAAGAUCCCAAAGAACAGCCCGCUGCCAAACUGUACCUACGCCACCCGGCAGGCCAUCUCCCUCAGCCUGGUGCAGGGAGAGGACGAAGAAGAGCGGCAGAGAACGAUGCCCAACAGCCCUGCUGUGUCUGAGGGAGGCUGGCAGUCGGGGGCUUCCUCCUCCUCUGGCGUCGGUGGAGGUUGUGGCAGUCACUGCCCUCCACAGCAGGACAUGGCUGACCUGCGCUCCAACCAGUCCAGCCCCUUCAGCAGCCCACCACAGGCCCCCAGCGCCCUGGCCAGCUCAGAGGAGGACAUUCUGUCCAACUGGCAACGCAUGUUUGUGGAGAAGAUGGCUCCCACUUCUGAGGGCACUCUGGUCAACCGCACCUCCUUCAGCAGCGAGACUGCCAAUGAGCUGCAGAGGAGCUUCCAAGGUAAGACUGUGCCUGGAGAUGGGAGGAGGAGGAGGGAGCAGCAGGGCGCCUACUCUGACAAGGAAGAGUCUGUGGCACGCAGCUGGACUGUCAGUCGUGGGUCCAGUCUGGACACAGAUAACAGUGUUGCAGAGUCCCGGGUCAAGAAGGGCCACUACAACACUGACUGCUCCCGUGAGGAGAGCGAGAGGCUCCUGAUGGCUGUAGACAAUCAGGACGAUGGUGGCAGCAUUGACACCAACAUUGCUACCACCCCCGUGACCAAGAUCAGCCCUGUGGUGAAGAGGAAAGAAUAUGUGGACAUAGAGUCUGCUGGGAGCUCCACAGAGGAGCAGGAUAUUCUGCCACAGGAGUUGACAAUGGUCACUCCAAGGGCUUUCCCCAGUUUGGAGGAGUUUGGAGAGAAGCCACCGGUACACCAUAUCACCACAACCUCCUCCAGGCCCCAGAAGAGCCCCAAACGGAUGGGGAUCCAUCACCUGCACCGCAAGGACAGCCUGACCCGGGCACAGGAGCAUGGAAACCUUCUGGAUUAAACAGGAUUAGGGAGCAAGAGUAGGCGAUGAUCAAUCAGCUGAUACUCUCUUGGCACCCCUUAGUUUAUGAAUGAGAGAAUCAGUCAGACCAGUUGUGGCGGAUUAGGAGAGGUUGUCAGCAGAAGCAUGUUGUUUAUGUAUUGCCUGUCUAGAACAGCCAGCCACACGUGGAUUGGUAAAUGUUGCUUUUGUAAGCAGGCUUUUCCCCAUCAAUAAGGUAAAUGCUUUGAGAGCAUGUCUAGAGAGCACAGAUAGCUAUUAUAAAAAGGUGGACUUUAGCUUUUUGAUGCAAGAUUAUAUAUAUAUAUAUAUAUAUAUAUAUAUAUAUAUAUAUAUAUAUAUAUAUAUAUAUAUAUACACACACAC